UCAGGUGAGGUAGAGUCAUUUGCCUACCUAGUUAUAUAGAAAUAAAAAAACACACUUAGUUACAAUGGUAUUGUAUUUAAAUCAGUAUGUACGUUUAUUAUUCAUAUUCAGUGUAAUUUAAAAAAUCCGGACAAUUUUAUUUAAAGAUAGGGGACAAAGUUCGGACUGUAGUCUAAAAGUCGGUAACCCUCUAGAUGGUAACUUAGGGUUACAAGUGAUAUUACUUAUGUCAAGGUGAAGAUUGUUUUGCAACUUUGUGAAUCUCCCAUUUCCUUAUCAUCAUCAGCCUAUAAAUGUCCCCACUGCUGGGGCACAGGCCUUCCCUAUGGAUGGAUUAAGGAGAUUGGGCCAUGACCCACCACGCGGGCCCAGUGCGGGUUGGUGGGUGCUAACGACUGCAGAUGCAGCCGGAACCAACGGCUUAACGUGCCUUCCGAAGCACGGAGGAGCUCGAGAUAGUAAAUUUUUGGUCAUCCAUCCAAUGACCGACCACUGCGAAAGUUGCUCAACUUCAACGACUGCAGCCGAGCGCGCUAACCACUGGCGCCAUCGAGCUCCUCUGCCAUUAUUUCCUUAUACCACGCUCAAAUUGUCAGAUUAUGGAGUUGUGCACUUUCCUGCAUGAAAUUAACUUUUCUCAGACAUGCUUGGAAAAUUGAGCAUUAUUUUGACAACCUUCUUCGGGAUUAAUCGAAAUUACUGUACUGACCACAUACAUGCUUUGUAUAAAAAUCCAUAUCUGUAGUGUUUUGCGGCCAAAUAAAUUACAUAUUAAACUCAUAUCUGUCGUGUAAUUUAAAAAGGGAACGAUCAUUUUUUUUUCCUAAAUGGCUUUGCACGGCUUGUGCAUUUAGCCAAUGUCAAGUGUUAAAAUGUUUACAAAUUCUAUAGCACUCGUGGUCAAAGUAAUAAAUCAAGUCAAAGUAAGUGGCAGUCAAGUCAAUCCCCCUUUCCCUAUGUUUCAGUAAAUGUGUGGGGAUUUACUGGAAGGAAAGGAAACUGAAAAAUAUCUUUCGACGUUCCCUCAAGAAGUCCACGGGGAGGGGGACUUCUUGAGGGAACGUCGAAAGACACUUUCCGCUAUUUUGUUUCACUUGCCAACACUUGUGCAUGUUCCCGAACACUUAGUGGUUAAUAAUCCACCAUUAUUAGACACUAACAUUCGCCACAACACAAUUUUUAACAAGAAAAACGAAACUGCUAAAGAGACGCUUUCCGAUCCCGCCAAAAAGUCCGAACGAUCAUUUACUGCAAUAGAUGGCAACCGCAGAGGUAACUUAUAAAAGGUUUUUUUUAUAAAUUUCGAACUCAUUUGCAAAUAGAAAUCUGUUUAUAGAGUCCAAAAAAACAAAUGAAUAAGUGUUGUUGUUCGUCAUUGAGUCGAACACAGAACCUCCUCUUUGAAGUCGGUUAAAAAUAAAAGUUCUACCCAGGUACAACUUAGUUUUAAUUUCCGCGCAUUAUUUGAGAAAAAUACUAAACAAGCCUUGGCCACAACUAGGCAUUGAUGAGUUUACGUAUGUGUGCCUCUGUAUAUUUGACUUUAAUCUGUCGCGCUCGACUUUUCCACCGAUCUAUUUUCUUACUAAACUGGUCGGCUGCUUUUAUGAUGGCAUAGCUUGCGGAUGGCAUCUUACCACAGGGGGAAUCUCCUCUCCGUCUGUAGCCUCUAGACCACUCGAACCUGAGAAAACUCCACACACAUCACAAUUAAGGAGGCAAUUAUAGGUCAUCCCCACUCUUACACCCUAGAUUGCCUCUGCGGCAGAUGUGAGUAGCCGGUCUAAUAUAUGUUUUUUAGUCUGUGGCUGUUUCCGUUUUACACAGAAAUUUCGCCAAUUUUUAUAAUUAAAUUCAAAAAGCAAUUGUAUUUUCUUUUACUGACACUGACACUCGGGCUUAUUCAUCCCUAUGCUGGUGAGUCAAGCAAGACCGAGCUGCCCUCAAAUAAACGCCUGUGGUUUCUAUUUAAACUCGGUAACAUGAACCAGUCUCAUGCGCUACUAACGGACGGGCAGACGCGAACACAAAAUCAACGACACUAAUAUAUAACAGCACAUACCGGUUAUCAAAUGGACAGCGGUGUUAUACAAAAUAAAAAAAAGUAGCAAAAUUGUACGCACACCACUGGGUCAUCCGGAAAAUGGCGGCCUAAAUAGCUGUCACAUUUUCCCGCCUACGCGUGUAAACAAAGCGAAAACGUGUUGGUGUUUUUUUUAUCAAAGAAUACAUUGUGUUGUGACAAAAGUUUGAAUUCCAAAAAGGAUUUAUACCAACUGUUUUUUUUACUCCAGCCGCCAGCGUCGGCGGCAACGGACAUGGCGUAGGCACUGGACUCACUAGCGGGCCGGAUAUAGCGCAGCCAUGUUUAAUUUCUUCAAGCGAAAGAGCGGGAAGGCCGAGGUCGCGCCGCCCGAAAUACCCCGGCGAGCCCCGACCGCACCCGACAGAACGCAAGCGCUCGCGCCAAACGACAGUGAUGUAACGAACGAGAGAGCGGCAACCCGCAAAGAUGUAGUCAACUUGUUAAUACCGCAAGUAGAUUAUAGUCAGAAGACCGGAGUGGGCGCGAUACUCCAAAUGAUGGCCGGCAAAAAGAGGAAAAACAAGAAGAAGCGCUCGGAGUCCUGUCGCGUGAGUCCGCCGAAAGAGACGCAGAUAAAUCUGCAGCGCAGCAGGUCGGACGUGGCGCCGGCUGACGUCACAACCGAAAAUACGACCGACGACGGCGAUCACAGUCAGACGCAGUGCGCCGACGACCCCGCGGAGUUCGUGAAGGCGUUAGUCCUGCAAAAAUACACCAAGCCGCCGCCCGAGAGACACGUGUCGCUCGUGUACGUCGACCCAGCCGUGGACGAGAAGCGACAUGCCGAAGCAUUGCUCCGCGAGAUCGCGAGGAGCAUAGACUGCACCAUUGAGGGCAUCAACAAACAGAUGGGGACCACUGACAGCAAAACGGAACGCAGAACUGAGCCGGUGUAUGAGACCAUCGAGGACGAAAACCAAAACGGAAUAGACGCGUACAAAAACGAACUGAAAGGUGAACUGGACAAGUUGUUGCUAGUCGAAACGAAGGAAACGAGAGAAGUGUCGCCGGCGCAGACAAAGAAAUCGAACUUGAAACCCCCGAAAUCGGACACGGAAGGAUGCUCAGAUGACGAUAGAUCCGAUUGCGGGAAGAAACGCGUCACAUUCAGAAAACACAUCGUGUUCGACGAUGGGGAGCAGCAGACAGAUGAAGAGGUGGACUCCUCGUUCGAAUCUCUCUCUUCCGAAGAGGAAGAAGAAGAAUAUUUGGAGGAUGCCUUGCCGGACAACGACAAGCCCUUGGGUGGUUACGUAGUUUCUAGCGAAGAUGAUAAUAGGACAUUAAUCAAAGUUACGGAUCAUUCCGACAGUGUGAAUGUUAACGAUGACAGUUUGAAAAGAAUAUCCAGUGACAAUAGUGACAGUGGUUUCAUUGACAGUGAGAGAAAUGAGUCUGGAGACGACGCGACUUGCGCUAAGAGCAUAGUAGUGGAAGAAAGUGAACAGAGUGAGAGUGAAGUGAGUGAAAGUGAGACGGAAGAGGAGAUAGUUGAAGUGAUCGAGGAGAUAGAAGAAAUAGAAGAGGAAGAGGAGGAGGAAGAAGAAGAGGAAGAGGAAGAAGAGUGUGUUCAUGCUGACGAUGAGCGGAUUGUUGACAAGAAGAGCCUGGUGAGCCAGGAGAGCAAGUUCCAAUCGCAAGUGUCAGCUCUCACGGAUCUCGCGGACUCCCGGUGCGGCGAGGCGGAGACAGCGCGCCUGAUCAUCUCCCAGUACAGGAAGGAGAUCGAGGCUAAAGACCAAGAGAUUGAACAGUUGAAAUGCGAACUCGCCGCAGCGUACAAAGAAUCGGAGCUGGUGCGGCAGCGCAGCAGGUCACUAGAAGAAGAGUUGUCUGCAGCAAGGAGUUGUUCCGCCGACCUCGCGGACCAACUGCAGAGGAAGAAUGAUGAGUCACUCCGUCAAUUAAGAGCAGAACUAGAAGAUGCACACAACAGGAGAGCAGAGCUGGAAUCGAGGGUGCUGGCGUUAGAGCGGGACAGGGAUAGGUUAGAGCAGGAGAAACUGCUACAAGAACAGAAGGCUCAGGAGGCUUUAAUCACUGCCGAAGAGAACACGGCAAAAUGGCGGGCGGCUCACGAAGCAGCCCGAAAUCAAGCGGCGGCGAGAGCGGAGAGAAUGUUGGCAGACUGCGAAUGGAAGAUGAGAGAGUUAGAGAAGAAGGCCAGAGAUGCGGAGAAGGAGAAGAAGACACUAUCGGAAACUGUGGAACAGUUGAAAUCAGCUCCUCCAUCAGCCACCCAUAUAGCGGAACUGCAACAACUCCGUGGUUUAGCCUCGGAACAACAGAAAUCUGUUCAAGCGUUGACGUUACAGCUUCACAGACUUGAAACGAGAGAAGAAGCGUUGAAAUUAGAAGUUCACAGACUGAAGGAGCUGUUGGAUAAAGAAGCGAGAAUCGCGAGAGAGAAGGAGGAGAGGCAUUUACAGAAUAUAGACAAACUCGAAAAGCGUCACACAGAAACCAUAGACACUCUGAAAGCAGAACACGCUUCUUCUUGGGCUUCCAACCGGGCCGCUUUGGAGCGCGCGAACGCCGAACGCACGCGAACGGCGCUCGCGCAACUGCGAGCCGCGAACGAACAGGAAACGAGGCAUAUCAACAACAAGCUACGGGAGGUCACCAACAGGUUCGAAAACCUCAAAGAAGUGCUCGCAAGUAAGGAGAGUCAAUUCGAGUGCGCCAUCGCCGAAGCUAACAGCAAGGCCGACUGGGAUAUAAUGCAGCUACGCCAUCUGUUGGACAAAGCUGAUAUUACCUACGCAAAUAAUGUAGAGCAGAUGACCGAACGAUUCGAGAAGGAAAAGGAACGUCUAAUAGAAGAAUGGUCAGAGAAAGUAAAAGAAAUAGAAGAACAGGCGUCGACUGCCGCAGACGAAGCCAAGAAGCUGCUAGAAACUACGCGGUCGAAACUCAUUGCUGAAAGAGUGGAACAAGUCAACAAGUUGAAAGAACAACAUAGACAGGAAAUGGAUGAACAGUGGGAGCAAUUUAUGUCCGACAAGGAAACCUGUCUGCAAAGAAUGAAGGUGGAAUGUAGACAGGAAGGAGAUGAAGAAAGGGUGAAAAGAGAAAGAGAAUUGCUAGAUGAGAUAGCUGAAUUGAAGUCGGAACUUCAAUCGAAAUCAGUUGAUUUCGAUAGCCUAGCAACUGAAGCGGCGGCUUGCGGAAGAACAUUAGCCGUGACAGAAGAAGAACUAAGAGAGGCACUGGCGAGAGAGAAGGAGCUAAGAGAGAAGAGAUCGGAGGAUAUGACGAAGAUCAAGCAGGUGGAGAGGGCGUCGAAGGAGCAGAUCGAACAUUUGACUAGGAAGUGCGCAUGUCUUAGAAAGCUCUUCGACGACAUGCGGGGAAGGUUAUCGGCUCGAGAGAGAUCUGCUGAACAAGAACUAAGAAACAAGGACAAGGAAAUAAUCCAGUUGAGGGCCGAAGUGGCGAGACUCACCAAAAUACUCGUCGAGCAGAGUUCGCCUAAACUAGGCGCUCGUACGCGCGCAGACGGUUGCGAACAACAACAAUUAGCCAACGAUACGGAGCCAAGACGCAAGGGAGGAACUCUCCGUACGCCGGAAAUGGCGCGAAGACGCCCAACGCUCCCCGAAUUGCCCGAAUUGCCGCCAUUGACGCGCAAAGCAGCUGACGACGAGCAAGAUGGCCGCCGCCGAUCCAAGAGCGUUGACCUCCCCGCCGUGCAAGUGCCAAUCAGGAUAAAGCAGCUGACGGGAGAGGGGAUGUAGUCAAAAAUAUUACUAAUUAUUAAGGGAAAUAAAAAAUACACCGAUUGUCCUUUAUUUAAAAUUUGAAACUAAAGAGAGGCUAAGCAUUUUAACAUGUUUUGUUAAUUGUUUAUGUGAUAUUUGUACAUGGUGAACAACAUAAAAAAUAAAUUUAUUUUCAACUAAUAAUUACGUUAAGGCUUGCUCUAAUCUAAUUGAAACAAAACAUAACAUGCAUUAAAACCCAUAGGUUUUUACUGAGUUCGUGUUCCGUUUCAAGAAUUUGAAAAAAGUGUGAGCAGCCUCACUUUUGUAAACAACCUAAAAAAGAGUGUACUUACUUAAGUAAAUAAAUAAAAAGUAUAUAAUGUAAACAACUUAUUAAUAAAAAAGGUAUUAUAUUUUUCACGGAAUAAGGCAUGUUAUUGACCAGUAGAAGGGAAGGGGUACAUUUUUUAUUAAUUACACAACUGCCCAAAAAAAGAGUGUAAUGUAUUCUGACGACGACACAUUCCUGCAAAGGAUGCGAAACGUCAAUAAAUAAAUAAAUUCAGUGCAUCUAACCCGUUGAAAUUGUUUUAUUUAAUAAGUGAUGUGCGCGAAAAGCUAACAAACAAUUAGGAGGGUAAUGUUUUAUUGCAUUCUGGUCUAGUCUACCACUUCCGGUCAAUUAAAUGCCUUUUUUUUUAAAUAUUAUAGAAUCCUUUUCAUAUGUAUAAAGCAACAAGUGAUUAAUGAAUGACUAGUAUUGUUGUAUGUGUGUUUGUCAGUGGACGUGAUAAAAUAAGACAUACUUUAUACUCUUUUGUCCAUUCAUUUGCAGGUGUAAAAAUAACGAAGUGUAAAGGGUAAUUAAAGUAUUAAUUGUGUGUGACAUUUUUAAAGAAAAUAACUACCUACCUAUUAUUACAAUUUGACAGAUCACAUUUGCCAUAUAGGUAGCUAAGGUUUUUUUUUAAUUUAGUAGGUAAUUUGUAAAUUAUUAAAGCUAUUAGGUAUUAAGCAAUUUGGAUAAAAAAAAAUUAUCUAAAAGUUGUGCAAUACCCUAAACAAAAGUGCAAUAAGAUAUAUUAAGUGCAAUUUUUCUCUAUUUUAAUUGAAAGCCUAACGACACCUCAUACUGAUAUUAAACGUAAGGGGAGGCCAAAUUAUGAAUUUUUUUGGACAAUAAAUAAAAAAAAACUGAAAUCGAAAUAUAUGUAAAUUUUUUGACGUGACAACGUCUUAAAUUAGGUUGCGGCUGGGAGUCACUUAUGAAAAAGUGUAACGCUCGGUAACGUUACGAUGAGUUUAAGUUUACAUGUAC